AAAAAGAAACCAAUCAGAGUUGUGCUGUUAUUGUCCAAUCACGACAAAGCCCGGGAAAUUCAAACAGUGACUUUGCCACUCUCAGUGACAUUGCCACUCUCAGCCAAUAGGAAGACGGGAAGCUGCCUAUAAAUACCCAUCAAUUCGUCCGCCAAAUUCAUUCACCCGAGUUUUUAGAGAGUGAAGUUGCCUUGUUUGGAAGAUGGCCAGAACGAAGCAAACGGCUCGGAAGUCCACCGGUGGUAAAGCGCCAAGGAAGCAGCUUGCUACUAAAGCAGCUCGCAAAAGCGCACCUGCCACCGGAGGCGUGAAGAAACCUCACCGCUACCGUCCUGGCACUGUUGCUCUCCGGGAAAUUCGGCGCUACCAAAAGUCCACCGAGUUGUUGAUCCGCAAACUCCCUUUUCAGCGUUUGGUGCGUGAAAUUGCCCAGGACUUUAAGACCGAUCUGCGUUUCCAGAGCUCGGCUGUGAUGGCCCUUCAGGAGGCCAGCGAGGCUUACUUGGUGGGGCUGUUUGAAGAUACUAAUCUCUGCGCCAUCCACGCCAAGCGAGUCACCAUCAUGCCCAAAGACAUCCAGUUGGCCCGCCGUAUCCGCGGCGAGAGAGCUUAAAAAUCCUUCACCUCACUUGGUUGAAAUCGUUAUACCCCAAAGGCUCUUUUAAGAGCCACCUACGCUUUCACUCGAAAGAGCCUGGUUGUUGUACUGCUUCAAUUUGUAUAUAACAUAACAUCAGAGUUGGAAGGGACCUUGGAGGCCUUCUAGUCCAACCCCCUGCCCAGGCAGGAAACCCUACACCAUCUCAUUUUCUUAAAAAUUUCCAGUGUUCACCGUUACCCCGUAUGGAGGCUUUCAAUAUUUACUCACGGCUGACCGCUGGAAAGCUGGGUCGGCUGUGACGUUGGACGGGAAAUUGCCCCCA